CAGGGUUCUUGAGGUAAAAUCCGAUUUUUUUUGAUUGGACCAGCGAAAUUGUUGGGGAAAUUGCUCUUUUGGGUAAUUUUAGGUUACGGGGAGAGCCUGAUGGUGCGCGUCUGAAGAAGGGUGUUUGUGCCCGAAAGCUUGCAAAGAGCAAUUCUUCCAACUAUUAUCUAAUAAAAUGGACCCAAAGAACCUUGUCUGCCCGUGUCCUUAGACCAACAGGGCUACAACCAGUGCUGGCAAGUCCGCUUAUUGGAAUUGGGCUUUUUAAAAAAACAAACACCCAAAAACGUUGCUUGAAUUGUUUGAGAGCAAGGCUCCAGGGUAACUGCACUCAGGGCUGUGGCAGCCAGCGGCAGCGUGGAGAUGGCAGGUUGCAGCGUUUAAUCAGGUGCCGGUGUCAGAGCACGGAGGAAACUCGUCCCGCCUUGGGAUCUGGCACCUCCGGGCUCCCGUCCUCCUUAGGAAUCAGUAGACGCCAACACCGUCAACUGAGCGCAGUCCUGAGAACCGGCCAGGUGUGAGACCUCCAUUUUUCAGGGGUGACGGCUGUAGCCGUGUUGGUCUAAGGACGUGGGCACACAAGGUCCUUUGAGUAGGUUUGAUCUCUUAUUUGACCAACUAAAUAGUCGGGGAAAAAUUGUUCUUUGCAUGCUUUUAGGCACAAACACCCUUUAGGCACAGACCAUCAGACUCUCGCUAUGCCUGUAGAAGUUGGUUUUAAACUUUGGAUGGACCAGGAAUCAAAGCGGGUGCAAUUGUAUCAAUUCCGCCCCCCCCCCCCCCCCCCAAAUUUGCCCCUGGCUGUUUUGUAAGAAAUUAUCUCCAAUGGACAAUGUUAUAAAGGGCCCUGUGCCAGCGCAGGUGGAUUUAGGCAAAAGCAUACUCAGGAAUAUGGAAAGAUCUUCAAGUCUCACUUUGGUUUCCAGUUUGUAGUAUCCAUUGCAGACAGAGACAUGGUUGCUCAGGUUCUCCGGGCAGAGGGUAGAGCUCCACAAAGAGCUAAUAUGGAAUCCUGGCAGGAGUACAGAGACUUACGCGGAAGAGCCACCGGACUCAUUUCUGCGGAGGGGGAUCAGUGGCUAAAAAUGAGGAAAGUACUAAGACAGAAAAUCCUGAAACCCGAAGAUGUAUCUGUUUUCUCUGGACCAGUCAAUGAAGUUAUUACUGAUUUAAUUAAGAGAAUCCACACUCUCAAGAGACAAGAGGAAGAUGGGGAAACUGUGACCGAUGUAAACAACCUCUUCUUCAAGUAUUCUAUGGAAGGUGUGGCAACUAUUCUGUAUGAAUGCCGAUUAGGGUGCUUGGAAAACAGUGUCCCAGAGAAGACUGUAGAAUACAUUGAGGCUUUGGCAUUGAUGUUUAGCGUGUUUAAGACCGCUAUGUAUUCAGGGGUUAUUCCCAAAUGGCUUCGUCCACUUAUUCCAAAACCCUGGAAUGUUUUUUGCAGAUCCUGGGAUGGACUCUUCAAAUUCAGUCAAAUCCAUGUUGAUAACAAGUUAAAGGAUAUUCAAUCCCGGCUAGAACACGGAGAAGAAGUAAAAGGUGGGCUGCUCACAUAUCUCCUAUUAAGUAAAGAGCUUACCUUGGAAGAAAUCUAUGCCAAUAUGACCGAAAUGCUUCUGGCAGGAGUGGACACAACUUCUUUUACUUUGUCCUGGGUAACGUUCUUGUUGGCAAAACAUCCUGAAGUUCAGCAGUCUGUGUAUGAAGAAAUAGUUAAUAAGUUGGGCAAGGACCAUGUUCCCACUGCAGAUGAUGUCCCUAAAUUGCCAAUGAUAAGAGCUGUGCUUAAAGAAACCCUGAGGUUAUUCCCAGUAUUACCAGGCAAUGGUAGGGUGACUCAAGAAGACCUCAUUGUUGGAGGAUACUUGAUACCUAAAGGGACCCAGCUGGCACUUUGUCAUUAUGCUACAUCUUACGAUGAAGAGAAUUUCCCAAUGGCAAAUGAGUUCCAACCUGAGCGCUGGCUGAGGAAAGACCAUAUGGACAGAGUAGACAACUUUGGUUCCAUCCCAUUUGGUUAUGGCAUUCGCAGUUGUAUAGGAAAAAGAAUUGCAGAACUGGAAAUUCACCUUGUACUGAUUCAGUUGCUUCAAAAUUUUGAGAUCAAAAUUUCUUCCAAAACAAAACCAGUUCGUGCUAAAACCCAUGGACUUUUGACUCCUGGAGACUCCAUCAAUGUGAAAUUUGCUAACAGGAAGUAAGAAUCUAAAGUUUAGUAAAUUUUGGUAUACUCUUCUGAGACAUAGACUUGCAUAGGAUUGAAAUAUGAUGAUCAUUCUCUUGUUCACUGGUUUGUGGAUACCCUGUAAAAUGAGCAGGCCUUAUGUUCUGACUUAGUUGAAGCAAUGUGCAAGAGAAAUUAACUCUUUCAUAGUAGAUAAUUAUGAUAUUUCAUGUGGAAUCUAUAGAAACAUAAACUGAAACAUUUCCUUUUUGCACUGGAAGUCAUUUUUCUCUGGAGCGAUUUCUGGUGGUGGCAAUGGGUGCACUGAAACAAUAGUAUAAAAUUCAGAUAUUGCAUACUGUCCUAUGCUCUUUCUAGAGUGUUUAAACAUGAGACAAAUACUUCAUGUGCUUUUGAGAGACUCUGUGAUAGCAAUGUACUGCAUUCAAACUUAUGUCCAUACGUGGAGAUUUUCUGGGGUUUUGAUCCUCCCCAGAAGUGUCAUUUUUAUAAUUCCCCACACAACAGUGGGGUCAUCAGUAAAGUUUUUCUUUACUUAUUUUGCAGAAAUAUUUGCACAAUGUUCAUAAAAAAUAAAAAUGAAUUCAGUAGUUGGAAAUGUAAGGAGUUUCUUAAAAAGGCAAAAGUCCUAUCAGUUUAUUUAGACUGAAAAUUUAGAAUGUUUUAAAAAUGUAUUUAUAAAUCAUUAUUGCCUAUAGACAUGCUUUUUUAAAAUUAAACUUUAAGAAAUAAAGAUUUGGAUAUCACAUUACAGGGUUAUGAGCCCAACUUCAUAAUAGUGCUGAUAUGUGAAAAGCAAAAUGUAAAACCAGCUAGUUUCACUGCUCCAAUACACAAAGUUACAGAGAUAGUUCUCAAACAAAAUGAUAAACAUGAUAAAAUGAUAAAAAUUAAAUACUUAUUUACAUGUUCUCAUUUCCUCUGAGAGAAAGUGUUAUUAGCAGCAUAGAUAUGUGUUUUUUUUAAGCAUGUAAUGUUUAUCCUAACGAUCUCUUUUUAAAUGUAAGCACUGGACAUUUCCCAUUGUAGAAUAUUGCUCAGUGGAUUCAGUACAAGUGCCCUCUGUAGGAUGUAAGUAUAACUGCUACCAUGUUUAAUAGUUUGUGAUUCAUUGACCAUUUAGCGGCCAGUUUAAGGAGCAAAUGCUUUAAAGUCUUAUCUCUGACAGCUAAUGGGAAGUCUUUAAUGUGACCUCACAAGGAGUCAGGUUUAAAUAUAAAAGAAAUCCUUGUUUAGGAAAACAUUUUACUUGUGGAAUAUUUUAUGAUGCCUUGCGAUGAAACAUUUUACAAAAGAGCUCCAGCUUGAAUAUUCUAAAGUAAAAUGAACCAUUUCAUAAUCUGUAGUUAAUUAUUACUGUAGGAAUGGCAGAAUAUUGUUGAAAUGUAAGAAAGUUACUUAGUGAUAUUCGUAAACCUUCUAACAAUGGAAAUGCAAGAAACUAGUUUUCAAAUUGGGGUUCUUAAUUUGUCUUUUGUUCUUCACCCAUGCGGCCAUCAAAAAAGUUCAAGAUACGGUAAAAAUGAUUUUUUAAAUUCUUUUUUAUUUUUAAUAGUAUAAUACUUUUGCGUAUCUGAGCUCUGCAGACAGAGACAGUUCUGCAUUUCUUGGAAGUACCAAUGUGAGGACUUGGCGAUGUUCCUCCUUUUCAUGGAUCUGCUAUAUAAAUCUUUUUCUCCGUAAGGUCAUUCAUCUAUUUUGUCAGAGUAUUAAACAUCUGUAUAGAUAGCCAAUGAAUCAAAGAAGCCAGAACUUUGUUAGUUAUACCCGUGUAGCUAUUUAUGUUAUUAUUUUAUUUUUCUUGUGUUUUUUAUUUCCUUUCCAAUAUGAUUUCCAAAAAACAUCCAGCUUUGCACUGACUCCUUUUUCUGAGACUGGAUUAUUUUUCUCCAGAGCCAGUCUACACAUUUGAAUAUUAUCCAGAAGAUAGACAAAAACUUUUAAUUUCAUAAGGGUUAAGCAUGCUGCUUCCAUGACACUCUGAGCAUAUCUUGACUGAGAGCAGAAGGGCCACACUCUGAAUCCAAAUUUAGAUUCCUUAUGGGACCUGUAUUUUGCACUGUUAUAUCAUCAUUAGUGUAGAGCAGUGGUUUUCAAACGGGGGCCGCCCUCCUAGCAGGGUGUGAAGGAAUGUUGUGGGGUGCAGUGCAAGGGGGCAUGGGCAACAAGUUUGCAAGGAGCCAGUGCCACUGCAGCCAUUCGUGGGGGCAAUGCCGGGGCAGGGAGCCCCAGGCAGGCUCUACCAGUGGGCUGCUAUGUCUCUGGGAGCCUGGUGUGGUGGGUGUGCAGCCUAGAGCCACAGCGGAGCCAAGGCAGGAGGUGCUGGAGCCAUGGUGGGUGGAGCCUGCCCUGCCAAGCCGAGCCGUGGCGGCUGCUAGGAUGAGGAGUGCCCUGUGCCUAGCUGUGCUGCUCCUCUGGGGUGAGGAGGGCGGGAGGGGGGAAGCGCAAACAAAAUUGUAACUCUAAGGGGCGCUCAGCUCAAAAAGUUUGAAAACCGCUGGUCGAGAGCAACUAUUGGUGUUUUCUGGUAUUUUUGUUAAUUCAUACCAAUUCCAAGCUGAUACUUCACAGUAUAAGAGGCAUUCUAGAAAUGCUAUUUUAAGAAUUUCAGUCAUCUCAUAUAAAAGAAAGUUUUGAUUUGUUUUGAUAAAGAAUCUUGUUUGGUACAUUUAAUAAAAUAUUUAUAUAAAAUAGA